AUGUCGACUGCAUUAAAUGUUAUGAAGACUCGAAGUAAUGAACAACACUACAUAAACGCUACUAAUAUUCAAAAUAAUUCGAUAGCUACAACUUCAAAAAAAUAUUUACUUUUAGAAAUCACUAAACAUACUUUGAAUUUCACAGAUUCGAAAUUUAUUCAUCAAAAUAAAACGUUAGAAACAACUAUUCAAUGUAUUGGUUCAUUAUAUAAUCAAUCUUGUUUGUAUCAUAAUUUAUAUUAUGUUGAUAGUGCAUUUAUGAUUUUAACUGUAAAAGGACAAUAUUUACCUUCAUAUUCUGUACGAACAGAUGCCUUUGUACUAUGGCCUACAACACCAAACAAACGUGUUUUUGAUUCAUAUUCUGAUCUUGAAACAUUUGUUCGCACUAUUAUUGAUCCAAGAAUAAUUCCAUCUGUUACUCUUCAUUUUGGUCAACCUUGGCAUUUCAAUAUUGGUCAUGCACUUUUUGAUGGACUUUAG